CACCAUUCUACACUUUUAACCCAACCAUUCUAGAUCAGCUCAAAUGUCAAGCCUCAAAAGAACGGUUCUAAUAACGGGCUGCUCAGAUGGAGGAAUGGGUGCUGCCCUUGCGGUAGCGUUUCACAAGGCCGGCCUGCAGGUUUAUGCAACAGCUCGAACUCCUACCAAAAUGAGCCAUCUCGAAUCGAUAGGCAUCAAAACUUUGACACUCGAUGUGCAGUCCGAGUCGUCUAUCGCUGCCUGUGUCAGUAAAUUGCCUGCACUGGACAUCCUCGUCAACAACGCUGGGAGCGGGCUCUCUAUGCCUAUAGCCGACGUCCGGGUUCUUGAAGCUAAGAAACUAUUUGACCUCAACGUCUGGUCGCAUCUUUCUGUAACACAGGCGUUUUUACCGUUGUUGAUGAAGUCCUCCAAUGGCAUGAUUGUGAAUCAAACGUCAAUUGCAGCAGUGGCGGCUGUUCCUUGGCAGGGUGUCUAUUGCGCUUCAAAGGCUGCCUUAGCAAUGCUUUCCGACACGUUGAGGCUCGAGCUCCAGCCUUUUGGUGUCAAGGUCAUUGAUCUCAGAACCGGGAUUGUCAAUACCAACUUCAUAAAAAACAUGGUGGAAUCAGUCAAGCCAUCAUUACCAGAGGGUUCCAUUUACGAACCUGCAAAAGAGGUCGUGGAGAAGGGCCUGCGCCUGGGGGUGCAUGAAGGCGGGAGUAUGCCAGCUGAGCAGUGGGCGGAAUAUGUCGUCCACGACCUAUUGAAGAAGAAACCGCCAGCAGUUAUUUGGAAGGGGGACUCCGCGUUCUUAGCCCGGAUUGGAACGGUCUUGCCAUUUGGUACGUUGGAUUCAACAGUCAAGAGUAUGACAGGACUAGACGUUGUUGAGCAGAUUAUGAGACAAUAG